UAGAGGAGGAGGAGGAGGUUAGCCGAGGCAGCUACAGCGGCGGAGGCGCAGGGGCUGGUACGCGCUGGGCGGCGAGAGCCUCAUGGCGGAGGAAGAGAGCGACCAAGAGGCCGAACGCCUCGGAGAAGAGCUCGUGGCCAUUGUGGAGUCCCCGCCAGGCCCUCCCGGGCUUAGAGCUGCGGGCGAUGGCGGAGGCGGCGCUGGCGGCGGCAGCUGCCGUGGCGGCGGCGUCGGGAUCAGCAGUCGGGAUUACUGCCGACGCUUCUGUCAGGUGGUUGAAGAUUAUGCUGGAAGAUGGCAGGUCCCUUUGCCACAGCUUCAGGUUCUUCAGACUGCACUUUGCUGUUUUACAUCAGCCAGUGCAUCAUUCCCAGAUGAAUGUGAGCACGUACAAUAUGUUUUGAGUAGCCUUGCUUUGAGUUUCUUUGAGUUGCUGCUGUUCUUUGGAAGAGAUGAGUUUUAUGAAGAGCCCUUAAAGGAUAUUCUUGGAUCAUUCCAGGAAUGCCAGAAUCACCUCCGCAGAUAUGGAAAUGUGAAUCUGGAACUGGUGACUCGAAUCAUUAGAGAUGGUGGCCCAUGGGAAGAUCCAGUGUUGCAAGCUGUUCUAAAAGCCCAGCCAGCAUCUCAGGAGAUAGUGAACAAAUAUUUAAGUUCUGAAAAUCCACUAUUCUUCGAACUACGUGCCAGAUAUCUAAUUGCUUGUGAACGCAUACCUGAAGCAAUGGCUCUUAUUAAAUGUUGUAUAAAUCACCCAGAAAUCAGUAAAGACUUGUACUUCCAUCAAGCACUCUUCACAUGUCUGUUUAUGUCACCUGUAGAAGAUCACCUAUUCCGGGAGCAUUUACUGAAAACUGAUUGUAAGAGUGGAAUUGAUAUCAUCUGUAACACUGAAAAAGAAGGCAAGACUAUGUUAGCUUUGCAACUCUGUGAAUCCUUUCUUAUUCCACAGCUCCAGAAUGGGGAAAUGUACUGUAUCUGGGAGUUGAUUUUCAUAUGGAGUAAACUUCAGCUAAAGUCUAAUCCUUCAAAACAAGUUUUUGUAGAUCAAUGCUACCAGCUUUUAAGAACAGCAACUAAUGUGAGAGUCAUAUUUCCUUUCAUGAAAAUCAUUAAAGAUGAGGUUGAAGAAGAAGGCUUACAAAUUUGUGUUGAAAUAUGUGGUUGUGCCCUACAGCUAGACCUUCAUGAUGAUCCCAAAACUAAAUGUCUAAUUUAUAAAACAAUUGCACAUUUUUUGCCAAAUGAUUUGGAGAUUCUCAGGAUUUGUGCACUCUCAAUAUUUUUUCUUGAGCGCUCCUUGGAAGCUUAUCAUACUGUUGAAGAGCUUUACAAACGUCCAGAUGAAGAAUAUAAUGAAGGCACAAGUAGUGUUCAAAAUCGUGUUCGUUUUGAAUUACUUCCAAUUUUGAAAAAGGGAUUGUUUUUUGAUCCUGAAUUCUGGAACUUCAUAAUGAUUAAGAAAAACUGUGUAGCAUUACUGAGUGAUAAAUCAGCAGUUAGAUUUCUAAAUGAAAGUACACUGGAAAAUUCUACAGGUAAUGUAAGAAAGGCAGUGGAACAGCAAGGUUUAGAUGAAGGACUUGACUCUCUUACAGAUCAGAGCACUGGAGAGCUUGAUCCUGAUGAUAUAUCUGGAGUGCAACCAAAAGGUCAUAUUAAUGCAAAGAAAAACCUCACAGCUCUUAAUGCUUCCAGAGUAGAUCACAAUGUCCCAAGGCAUCGGUGUAUGUUAUGUAACAAGGAAUUUCUAGGUGGUCACAUUGUAAGGCAUGCCCAGGCUCAUCAGAAAAAGGGCAGUUUUUCAUGUGUGAUAUGUGGUAGAAAAUUUAGAAACAGAGGACUUAUGCAGAAGCAUUUAAAGAAUCAUGUUAAGAAAAUACAGAGACAGCAACUUGCUGCAGCUCAACAGGAGGAUCAGGAAAAUCCUGCUUUGGAAGAAAUAAAUUAUUCUGAUACUUUCAUUUCAUUUGAAAAUGGGAAGUCUGAUAAUAAGGAUUUGGAAGUAGAGACUAUUACUCGUUCCAGUGAUGGAAACAAAGAUGUCAUCCCUUCACAUGUGGGUGAAUUCAUUGAAAUUCCCAGAAGUGUAUCAGAAGAUGUUAUUGAAAAUAUUACUGAAAAUGGCAAUCCUGAUACUUCUUUAAAUAAUGUCUCAGAGCCAUUACCUGUAUGUGUGGAUGACUAUGAGGAGGAAGAAGACGAAGAAGGUGAUUAUGAAGAAGAUGAUUACGACCUGAAUCAGGAAACUUCAGUACUUCAUAAAAUCAAUGGAACCGUGUGCCAUCCAAAAGACAUAUAUGCGACAGAUCAAGAAGGAAACUUUAAGUGCCCCGCUCUUGGCUGUGUCAGGAUAUUUAAAAGAAUUGGAUUUCUAAAUAAGCAUGCAAGGACUGUACAUCCAACUGAUUUAAAUGUGCGGCAAACAGUAAUGAAGUGGAGCAAAGGAAAAUGCAAAUUUUGUCAAAGGCAGUUUGAAGAUUCUCAACAUUUUAUAGAUCACCUUAAUAGACACAGCUAUCCAAAUGUGUACUUUUGUUUGCAUUUUAAUUGUAAUGAGUCAUUUAAGCUGCCAAUCCAACUUGCUCAGCACACAAAAAGUCACAGGAUAUUUCAAGCUCAGUGUAGUUUUCCAGAAUGCCAUGAGCUUUUUGAAGAUCUUCCUCUGCUAUAUGAACAUGAAGCUCAGCACUAUUUAAGUAAAACACCAGAAUCAUCUGCACAACCAAGUGAAACAAUUCUUUGGGAUGUUCUUACAGACUCAAAAUCUAAUCAUCAGGAAAAAGACUCAUCUAGUAAUGAGAAACAAACUGUUAGUCUACCAGUUUCUACUAGCAAAUCAAGGAAAGAUCCUACAGAACCAAAGACAUGUAUAGAAAGUAUGGAAAAGAAAACAGACCGUUUAGUUCAGAAUGGAAAUGAACAUUCUGAUCACACUGUUUCUGAUAUAAGCUUGACAGACCAAAAGAUGCCUGACAUAGAGCCAAAUUCUGAAAAUAAUUGUAUUAGUGAUUUAGUCAAUGGACACAGUGGAAUAGAGCAAACACCUUUAGUUUCCUCAGAUCCUGCUUUGAAAAUUGAUACAAAUAGAAUCAGGACAGAAAACGGUUCCAUUUUACCUAGUGUUGUACCACAAGAACACAGUACCCUGCCAGUACCUCAGGCACCUUCCAAACCAAAUCAGACGAGUGAACAUACUUCAUAUGGCUUAAUUUUAACAAAGCCAUAUGUCAGACCAUUGCCUCCCAGUUACCUUGAUGAACGGUACCUUAGUAUGCCAAAACGCAGAAAAUUUCUGACUGAUAGGGUAGAUGCCUGUUCUGAUCAAGAUAACGUUUGUAAAAAAUCAGUGAAAAGAUUAAGAUGUGGCAAAUGCCUGACCACCUACUGUAAUGCAGAAGCACUUGAGGCUCACCUUGCACAAAAGAAAUGUCAGACACUCUUUGGAUUUGAUUCAGAUGAUGAAAGUAAGUCUUCUAUCUUCUCAGCAGGUAUAUCUGUAGAAAUAGAAAAUGCCAUAGAUCUUUGUAAGGUUAAAAAAAUUAACAUUUAUAUAACACAGGUAAUAAAGCACUACCCCAUACAUUAUUUCCUUUAAUCCAUACAACCACCAUGAGGUGCUAUCACUAUUCCUGUUUUAUAGAUCAAGCAACUGACAUUCACAAGUAAUUUGCGUAGGCAUACAUACACCUGUGAACUUGUGGAAGCCAGAACUUGAACACAGUUUUUUCAGACUUCUGGAUCAUACUCUUUAACUGUAUCCGAGGCUUUUCUUCAUUCCAAGUUUUAUGUAAUAAGAGAUCUAAAACAAAGUAAUUAUGAUGGAAAUGUUUUUCAUCUGCAUGCCAGAAAUGUAAACCAAGUUGAGCCUCUAUUACAAAAACAAAAAUAAGAAAAAACCAGAAAAUAAUUGAAAAAUAAAACUGAGCAAAAGAAGAGCUUGCCUUUCUACUAAUAUUAAUAUUCUUUAAAUGAGUAAGGGUAUAAAUAAACAGGAAAUCUAACUUAGAAUACUAGAUGAACAUCUAUAAAUAUGAAUUAACAGACGUG